AUGACUCUGACCACCGUGACCUUCGCCAUGCUUGGUGAUGCCAAGUUGUUUAUCAACUUCCUCACCUUGGCUGAUUCUUCCUUCACCAUGAACAACUCGACCAUGAUGCAAGUGUUGGAUGGGAUUCCCUCCUCCAACUUCACCAUAGACGCCGCAUCUGAAGUCAACUUAAAUGAUGAUGCCCGUUUCUUCUCUGGAAACUCAUACCUUGAUGGUAUGGUCAAUCUCAACGAUAAGGCCAUUAUGAACUCCUACUUGGACACCGUGAUCAACGCCCCCACCUUUGUCGCAGAACAUGCCUCCAUCUCUGGUCGUAACGUCGCCGUCAACUCUUAA